CAGAGCUGCUCUGUGCCCUGGUCCCUGCCAGACCUGCUCCUACGGCUACCAGGGAGCCGCCGCCACCUCCGCUAACACCUCUCCCACCACCCAGCUUCUCAGAGCCAGCAGCUGUUGCUCUUGGCUGUCCCCAGGGUCAAGGCCUUCUCCACUUUUGUGCUUUGAUCGAGAUGUGGUAACCUCUGUCUUUGGGCCCCACAGGCCCUAUAAAGGGCGGCUAGCUCUAGUGGGACCAGCUCUGCCACCUUCUCAGUACCAGGAGCCCUCUGGAAAGAGUUUGUUCUCUCGCUUCUGGAGAAGAUGCAGACACAAGAGAUCCUGAGGAUCCUGCGGCUGCCUGAGAUGGGUGACUGGGGCCAGUUUUUCCGCAGCCUGUCAGCCACCACCCUUGUGAGUAUGGGUGCAUUGGCUGCCGUCCUCGCCUACUGGUUCACUCACCGGCCGAAGGCCUUGACCCCACCGUGCAAUCUGCUGAUGCAGUCAGAAGAAGUGGAGGACAGUGGUGGGGCCCGGCGAGCUGUGAUUGGUGGUGGCCCUCAGUUGCUUACCCACUACUACGAUGACGCCCGGACCAUGUACCAGGUGUUCCGCCGUGGCCUUACCAUCUCAGGGAAUGGGUCCUGUCUUGGCUUCAGGAAGCCCAAGCAGCCUUACCAGUGGCUCUCCUACCAGGAGGUGGCUGACAGAGCCGAAUUCCUGGGAUCUGGGCUUCUCCAGCACAGCUGUAAAGCAAGUGCAGAUCAGUUUAUUGGUGUUUUUGCACAGAAUCGACCAGAGUGGAUCAUUGCAGAGCUGGCCUGCUACACGUAUUCCAUGGUGGUGGUCCCACUCUAUGACACCCUGGGCCCUGGAGCCAUCCGCUACAUCAUCAAUACGGCGGACAUCAGCACUGUGAUCGUAGAUGAGCCUCAGAAGGCCGUGCUGCUGCUGGAGCACGUGGAGAGGAGUGAGACUCCGGGGCUCAAGCUGGUCAUCCUUAUGGAGCCAUUUGAGGAAGCCCUGAAAGAGAGAGGGCAGAAGUGUGGCGUGCUCAUUAAGUCCAUGCAGGAUGUAGAGGACCGUGGCCAUGAGAAUCACCAUGCUCCUGUGCCCCCACAGCCUGAUGACCUCUCCAUCGUGUGUUUCACGAGUGGCACAACAGGGAACCCCAAAGGUGCGAUGCUCACCCAUGGGAACGUGGUGGCUGAUUUCUCAGGCUUUCUGAAAGUGACAGAGAGUCAGUGGGCUCCCACUUGUGCGGAUGUGCACUUUUCCUAUUUGCCUUUAGCACACAUGUUUGAGCGAAUGGUGCAGCAGCUGCUGUACCCAUGGGAUGGCACAUCCUUCCACAACUGCAGAGAUGUCCCUGGACGAUCCAGAUUCUCUGGGACCUGGAGCAGACCCAAUUAUAGGUCUGUUGUCUACUGCCACGGAGGACGCGUUGGCUUCUUCCAAGGAGACAUCCGCCUCCUCUCGGAUGACAUGAAGGCUCUGCGCCCUACCAUCUUCCCUGUGGUCCCACGACUGCUGAACCGGAUGUAUGACAAGAUCUUCAGUCAGGCAGACACUCCGCUAAAGCGUUGGCUCCUGGAGUUUGCGGCAAAACGCAAGCAAGCUGAGGUCCACAGUGGAAUCAUUAGGAAUAAUAGUAUCUGGGAUGAACUCUUCUUUAAUAAGAUUCAGGCCAGUCUUGGUGGGCGUGUGCGAAUGAUUGUUACUGGAGCGGCCCCUGCCUCGCCAACAGUCCUGGGAUUCCUCCGGGCAGCUCUGGGGUGCCAGGUUUAUGAAGGUUAUGGCCAAACUGAGUGUACAGCCGGAUGCACCUUCACUACCCCUGGAGACUGGACAUCAGGUCAUGUAGGAGCACCUCUGCCCUGCAACCAUAUCAAGCUUGUCGACGUGGAGGAACUAAACUAUUGGACCCACAAAGGAGAGGGCGAGAUAUGUGUGAGAGGACCAAAUGUGUUCAAAGGCUACUUAAAAGACCAGGAGAGGACGAAAGAGGCCCUGGACAGUGAUGGCUGGCUUCAUACCGGAGACAUUGGGAAGUGGCUGCCGGAGGGAACUCUGAAAAUCAUUGAUCGGAAGAAGCACAUAUUUAAACUUGCUCAGGGAGAGUACGUCGCACCUGAGAAGAUUGAGAACAUCUACAUCCGAAGCGAGCCAGUGGCGCAAAUCUACGUGCAUGGGGACAGCUUAAAGGCCUAUCUGGUGGGCAUUGUAGUGCCUGACCCUGAAGUCAUGCCCUCCUGGGCCCAGAAGAAAGGAAUUGAGGGGCCGUAUGCAGACGUAUGUGCAAAUAAGGACCUGAAGAAAGCCAUUUUAGAAGAUUUGGUGAGGUUAGGAAAAGAAAGCGGACUUCAUUCUUUUGAGCAGGUUGUGACUUUCCUCUGCCUUGCGCAAGAUGUUGAAGGAGAGAGGUGGUCCCAGGUUAAAGCCAUUUACAUCCACUGUGACAUGUUCUCAGUUCACAAUGGCUUGCUGACACCAACACUAAAGGCUAAGAGACCUGAGCUGAGAGAGUACUUCAGAAAACAAAUAGAAGAGCUUUACUCGAUCUCCAUGUGAAGUUCACGGAGUUCUUCCCAGUAAAAUGGACUGUGCAGCAAUGUGACAGUGAUCCCUGAAAGUUAUGAGUCAAAGCGACACAGUUGAAAAUGAAUUUGGGAACUUUUCCUGUCCCAAGAGGUCUUUAACAAUAUUUCUCUAUCAUCACUGAGUACACUUUAUUUUUAUUAAAAUGACACUGUAGAAAGCUGCUAAAAAAAAAUCACAAAUGGCAAUGUAAAAAUCAAGACAGUUUCUCAAGAACUGUAUACCACUAAAAGUAAUAUAUUCUCGAUAUUCACAAAGCUCCUAUUAAACAUAAUGGAAAAACAACUGAUACAUUGUACUCAAUUAUUUGUAGGAUUAUAACCAGAUAUAGCAAACAUCUAGCUGAUGUGGGCUACCUCUUUCAAAAACUGAUUAUUAAAAUUACAAAUCAGAUUUUAAAAUUAAAACAAUGUAUACAGAAUCAUGUUAAAAUAAAACAUGAUAAUUCACUCGAAAGACUUUAGAAAUGGCAAUCCUUAUUGAUGUGAACAGUUUCCUCUGAUUUUUACUCUCAUUCAUGAAAAAUGCAAAUUCAGAUAUUCUUAAAACAUGUUAUAUUUAUAUAACAAUGUUUACCAAGAUCCUUCAAUACAUUUUCUCAUUUAUUAAUCUCAUUAAAACAUUCUGGAACUACCUACAGAAAUGUAAUUUAAAACUAUUUGAGGAUAUAUGCAUAUAUUCCUGGACUUCUGACCAUAAUGAAUUCUAAAAGAUGACUCUUGGCUGAGUCAAUGAAUUGGCUCUUGGGGGAGACUUAAAAGAAGAAACUCAGAGCUAUUUCCCAGGCAGAGCAGCAAUUAAUCUUUCUUUUUUUUUUUUUUUAACUUUUUAUUUAUUUAUUUA